UAAAUAGCGGGCAGAGGGGAAACAGUGAAGUUAAAGUGGACAAGCUGGGGUCAAAGUUUUAGGCCUUUUUUGGGGAUGCUAUAAAAGCUGGGUGUGUAACUCUCAAAGUGUGUGUAGGUAAAGUAAGCCAUCUGUGGAUCAAGAUGAGGCUGAGCGGCGUGCUGGUGUGUGUGUUAUUCAUUUGGGUUGAAGGGUCCUGGGCUGACACACCUGCCAACUGCACCUACGAGGAUCUUCAGGGGACCUGGGUGUUUCAGGUGUCCAAAGGUGGGCACGACAAGACCAUCGACUGCUCAACUCAAGCCACAGAUGCGAGCACGGUGACGGUGACCCUGCAGACACUAUCUGUAGCCACAGAUGAGUUGGGGAACACUGGCUUCUUCACCCUCAUCUACAACCAGGGCUUUGAAGUGGUCAUCAAUGGGUACAAAUGGUUCGCCUUCUUCAAGUAUACUCAGGAUGGCGAGAAGGUUACCAGCUAUUGUGACCAGACCCUGACAGGGUGGGUCCAUGAUGUCCUGGGAAACAACUGGGCCUGUUUCGUUGGGAAGAGAGCGACACCAGUAGCACCCCGAACUGACUACAAACCAGUCUACAACAGCAGGCUGCUCCAGACGACAUACAAACACAACCUGGACAUCAUUGACUCCAUCAACUCAGUUCAGAGCUCCUGGAAAGCUGUGCCUUACCCAGAGCAUGAAAAGUACACUAUGCAGGAGCUGCACCAAAGAGCAGGAGGGCCUGGCUCUCGUAUUCCCAGGCGCGUUCGCCCUAUGCCUGUGAAAGCUGAAGUAGCCAAGAUGGCAGCAGCUCUACCGGAGCGCUGGGACUGGAGAAACAUGGAUGGUGUCAACUUCGUCAGCCCUGUGCGAAACCAAGCAUCAUGUGGUAGCUGCUACUCCUUUGCCUCCAUGGGAAUGCUUGAGGCUCGUGUCCGAAUCCUCACUAACAACACCGAGGCUCCUGUCCUCAGCCCACAACAGGUGGUCUCCUGUUCUGAAUAUUCUCAAGGUUGCGAUGGUGGGUUCCCGUACCUGAUUGGGAAGUACAUCCAGGAUUUCGGCAUUGUGGAUGAGUCAUGCUUUCCAUAUAUUGCAAAGGACUCUCCGUGUGGCAUUCCUAAAAACUGCGGCCGCAUUUACGCCGCAGAAUACAACUACGUGGGUGGUUUUUAUGGCGGCUGCAGUGAGAGCGCCAUGAUGUUGGAGCUGGUCAAGAAUGGACCCAUGGCAGUGGCCUUUGAGGUAUAUCCUGACUUCAUGCACUACAAGGAGGGAAUCUACCACCACACAGGCCUUGGUGACCCCUUCAAUCCCUUUGAGCUGACCAACCACGCUGUGCUGCUGGUGGGGUACGGCCGCUGCCACAUGACCGGACAGAAGUACUGGAUUGUCAAGAACAGCUGGGGUACCACCUGGGGCGAGGAUGGCUACUUCCGAAUCCGCCGUGGAAGUGACGAAUGUGCCAUUGAGAGCAUUGCAGUUGCAGCCAAACCCAUCCCCAAACUGUAGAGGUUGUAAACUCAGGAUAGGAGGGAGAGGAGAUCAGCUGAAUGAGUCUCAAUGCAAUGCAGAUUAAGUUUUUUGUUGUUUCUUUUUGCCCAACUUAGUUUAGCUGUAGUCAAUGUAUGCUUGAGAGUUUUGAAAUUUAAAGCUGAAACCCUGCACUUUUUUAUAUUGGGGCAGUGACAUUUGGGAGGAGAAUUUGGGGGGGACAAAAUAUAAGCAAUCGACUACCAUGGAUUUAGAAAAAUCCCCAGACUUCGGUAUGCAGAGAUCUCCUAUUGUCUGGUAUUGAGAGACUACUUCCUCCCCAAUCCAACAUGUAAAGUUAGCAGUGACAUCUCCUUCCGAAAGUAUUUCAGAUUUUCCAUAUGAAUGUGAAAUGUACUUAAAAAGGGAAAUAUACCAAAACUUAAAGUAAGCAAGUUAUUCCUUCAAUCAAAUAAUGUGCACAUUUUAUUUAAGGCCAAAACUAGGAAAUUGAAAUCUGAUAUAAAAUGAGCUGUCAAAUGUUUACAGUAGCGGAACCAAAUAAUUUCAUUGGAUGGCCUUAAACUGAUAAAUUGAUUGAAAAACCUCAAGUGUAGGAGGAGUUGCUUUUUGGCAGCCAAAACCUCACCUACGCUGCAUCUGUGCUUGCUCAGUAAAGCCGAGGGGAAUUGGGAAUAAUGUUAACAAGGGGCAGGACCCAGCUGAACAUUUUACCACAGAUUUUAUAAACACCCAGUCAUACAUGUAGGCAAAUGUAUUCCUACAUUAGUUCAAAGUUUUUUUUGGUUUUUUUUUAAGAAAAAGGGACAUGAACACAAUGAACAGUGCAUUAAAACAAAAAGUACUGGUAGUUUACAGCUCCUCAAACUUUGAAUCAGAGGGAAGCAGUUGUGCACUUCUAAUGCUGCCUUUAUUUUUCUUUUAGUAUCACGUCUGUCUAGCAGAAGUUUUCCAGAUCAGUUCACUUGCUUUGAUUUUCUUUCACUUGUCCUGUUUUUUUUUUUAUUUUUUACAUGCACUGAUUAUUUGUUUAUGAACAAUUAAAUUCAGGCUGGAGCUGCCAAUAUAAACUUGGAAUCAAAUGAUUUGGUACGUGCUGUGCUGUGACAAAUUGUAAUGUGGAGUAAAAAUCUCAUUGUUACAUUUUAAAAGGGAAUUGGAAACUGAAGAAUCAGUUUUUGUUUUGUGAAUUGCAGGACCUUGAUUCUUUGUCUCAGGGAAGUACCGUGGAAAAUUGUAAUAUCUUCUGUCCUCACAACAAGUUUAAAACAUAACUGCCACGCUUUUCUAUGGGGAAUUAUGUAUAUCCCUGUAGAGUGUUUAAAUCAAGUAAUAAAGGGAUGAAACUGAUUGUCGUGCCUUUUAUUCUGCCUCCCAAUUACCCAUAUGAUGUCAUGGAUGUCAUUUUAAUGAGAGAAAUAAAAAAGGUUUUAAAAAUGA